AUACCUCUCUUUUGUUACCAAUUGUUCUUUCCAUUAUCUAUCUCUGUACUUUCUUGUCCUCAUGUCAGCAAAAUUCCACACGCGUCGCUCUGUAAAUUUCCUCAAUGCUAACUGGCUCUUCAUUUUCACUUUUCCUUUUUUUCUAUUUGCCACUUUUCCUUCUAUUUUAUCAACAAUAGAGGCAAGAGAGUACAUAAGAGUGUCAGAGUCUACAUAAAAACAAAAUUGCUAGCGUCCGUGCUAAGUUUCAACACUCUUUGAGAAGUUUCACAAAAAAAAACCCCAACCCUUACUUUUUUGUUAGCAAAUAAGAAACCACUUCUUCUUGCCGGUAAGACAUGGAGCGCUACGAGAUUAUCAAAGAUAUCGGUACCGGGAACUUUGCUGUCGCCAAGUUGUUGAGAGACAAAUUUACCAAUGAGCUUUUUGCUGUUAAGUUCAUUGAAAGAGGCUACAAGAUUGAUGAGCAUGUCCAGAGGGAGAUCAUGAAUCACAGGUCCCUGAAGCAUCCCAAUAUUGUUAGAUUCAAAGAGGUCCUUUUGACUCCAACACAUCUAGCUAUAGUAAUGGAGUAUGCUGCUGGAGGAGAACUCUUUGAGAGGAUAUGCAAUUUCGGUAAAUUUUGCGAGGAUGAGGCGAGAUUUUUCUUUCAGCAAUUGAUAUCAGGAGUUAGUUAUUGUCAUUCGAUGGUACAAAACCAAACCAAUAUUUUAGCAAGAAUUAUCUACCCUUGCAAUGGACAUGUAUUUUUAAUUGAAGGAAUGUUUAUGCAGCAAAUCUGUCAUAGAGAUCUGAAACUCGAAAACACACUUCUAGACGGAAGCACCGCACCGCGAGUCAAAAUUUGUGACUUUGGUUAUUCAAAGUCAUCCGUAUUGCAUUCACAACCGAAGUCUACAGUAGGAACUCCAGCUUACAUCGCACCUGAAGUCCUGACAAGGAAAGAAUACGAUGGAAAGAUUGCAGAUGUUUGGUCUUGUGGAGUCACCUUAUAUGUGAUGUUAUUUGGAACUUAUCCUUUUGAAGAUCCUGCGGAUCCUAGAAAUUUCAAGAAAACUAUUGGGAGGAUAGUUGGUGUUCAGUAUACAAUUCCUGAUUGUGAACGAGUUUCCUUGGAAUGUAGACAUCUUCUAUCAAAAAUCUUUGUGGCGAAUCCUGAACAGAGAAUAACAAUAUCGGAAAUCAAAAACCAUCCAUGGUUUUUAGUGAACUUGCCUGUAGAACUAAUGGAAGGUGGAAGCUGCCUAAGCAGCGACGUGAAUGAUCCGUCGCAGAGUGUGGAGGAAGUACUUUCCAUUCUACAAGAGGCAAGAAAGCCUCCUAAUGUUCCCAUGGUUGGUGACAGCCUUGUCACCGAAGGCAGCAUGGACUUCGACGAUCUAUUGGAUGCAGACGCAGAUGCAGAUCUUGAUGAUUUAGAAACAAGUGGUGAAUUUGUGUGCCCUCCUCUUUGAGUGUAUAUAUAGAUGAGGAAGCUAUGAGUUUUUGUUUUGCUCUGAACAGAGUGUUCUCUUUCUCGCUUGGGGUGUUGAAUUUCCUUGCUGGUUAAGUUUCUUAAGUUAAGAUCAGUUGCUCCAUUUGUAUUUAUGGUUCUUAGUUAUGACUUUCAAAA